AUGAACUACUUCUAUAUCUACUAUCGGUGCACAUCUUACAACCGGAAUCUCAUGUUUCUUCGCAGCACUUCUACAAACACCCAUGAAAGGAUCAACGACUACGAAGUCGUGGAUUCAAUUGCACCUGAUGAUCAGGCAUGGCUCGAGUGGAAGAGUUUGGUUGAAGAUGAAGGAUGGACUUCUGACGAUCUCAGCGUAUUAACCCUACAACAGAUUCCUUCAACACGAAUAUUCUGGCACGAAAAAGGAGCGAGUCAUGAAGUGAAACUGGUUAGCGAACUGAACGAAGCCGAGUACGAACAACUGGAACACUUCUGCUUAUCCGUGGUGAAACGCGAUCGACGAUAUUUCCUUCGACAAUUCCACGAUCUGCCCUUUACGCAUGCUAGCGUACUGUUUGAUGAUGAUCGUAACAUAGUCGCUUACGCAGCCAUCUGUCCCACAUCUCAUUCCCAUAAGCAUCUCUUCAAACUCGCACCACUUUACGCCUCCUCUGCUGAUGAAGCAUUUGCUGUUAUUCAACCGUUGAUCCGACAGAUCAUUGAUGACAUCCCACCGGACGACAAAUUAUGGCAGGAGUUCAAGGAUGCAGUACGAGCUGAGGGAUGGGUAAAUGGUCCGGAUGACAGCGUCCUCAUCAUUCUACCGAAACUUGCUAAAUCAGUGGUGGCUCAGAACAAAACAGAUGGCAGCUUCAUUGGUUCUGUGGUCUGGUGCGAAAACGAAGGAUUAGCCUAUAUUGCCUUCUAUAUAAUACUACCAGAAUAUCGAGGAUUUGGAAUUGGUUCAGCCAUUUGGAAGCGAGCUUUGGAACGAAUUCCGUCCGAUUGCACAAUAGGCUUACGAUCGGUGGAACGUAUGGUGCAUCGUUACAAAUCCACGGACACCCCAAUCGAAGGGCAACAAACCUUCCAUCAAAGAAUUCGUGUCACUGAUUUAUUGAGAAUCGCCAAGUCUCACACUUUAGCGACUGGUUAA